AUGGAGUCAGUUGAUUCUCUUUCAAAGUUUUACUUGUCCACGGCAUCCUUAGUCUCAGCCAAUGAUAGUCUCAACCUCGAAGUCCCCGCUGGGUGCAUUCCAACCACUUUCAAGGAGUAUCCAGAUGAUCCAAUCAGCCACCACACGGAGCAGCUGAUCACAAAGGUGAGGGGUACCAUCCUCAUGCCCCUCCUGUUCCUCAUCGGCGUCAGUGGAACCUGUCUCAGCCUCCUGGUGUUCUACAGACAAGGCCUCGGCAACAGAAUCAACCUGUGUCUCUUCAGCUUAGAGCUUGUCAACCUCAUCAACGUGACCUAUCUGUUUGUCAUCAAUGUCGACAGCGUGUACCUGCCUAUCGAUGACGGGUUGUACGGGGUGGUAUUCCGGGUGCUGAUGGAGCGGCGGACCCUGGGCAUGCUGGGCUUCAUGUACGGGUGCAUGUACCUGCAGGGCCUGGUGUCGUGCGAGCGCUGCAUCAGUGUCAUGUGGCCGCUGCGUGCAAGGUCUCUGUUCAGCACCACCACUAUGGUCGUCGUCAUAGUUGUUGGUGGCGCUGUCACCAUCUUUCCUUUCUUCGCGGUUGUCGCUUGGCACGAAGCGGCGUGCCUGUUCGACCCUCGACUUCACAAAAAGAAAAUCGGGAUGAUCGUCAAUAGCUUGUAUUUCCUAAAUGAACAUAUCGUCAACGGUCUCCAAGGCAUUUAUUACGGAAUCAUCUUGUCCUUAGGAAUUCCUAUCAUCGUCCUCAUCGCCACAAUCAUCACCGGGUUAAAACUGAAGCAGUCAAUAAUCUUUCGCAAACAGGCGUCAUCGUCAGACACAAAACGAGAGGUCGCCAUCACCAAGAUGCUGGUGAUCUUGUCCAUUCAGUUUCUUGUCCUGUCAAUUCCCAAUAUAAUAGUUAGAAUUAUUCCACUUUUCGAGCCUGAGGUUCGACACGACGGCCGCUACAACAACACGUUCAGCAUCCUCAUCAACGGCGCGGAGACGGGCAGCAUCGUCAACAGCAGCGUCAACGUCUUUGUUUAUUAUUUUGCCGGAACUAAGUAUCGAGAGCAAGUCCACCAGGUGCUGUCAUAUCUGCAAACGAGACAAGACCAGAAAAUAACCACCGAGAAGGCUAAGCCAGGGAUCCUACAUCGUUAA